CGCGGAACCAUGGCCUUGAGGCUGCUGAGACUGGUCCCCGUGUCCGCGACCUCUCGGGGCCUCGCGGCGGUCGUCCAGCGCGUGGGAGGAAUUCAUACAAGUGUCCAGUGCAAGCUGCAGUACGGCCCCCUGGCAUACCUGCUUGGUGAAAGAACGACCAAAAGGCUGACAGAAAAGAGCAAAGUGAUAACUGUAGAUGGCAACAUAUGUUCGGGGAAAGGCAAGCUUGCAAAAGAAAUAGCAGAGAAGCUAGGCCUGAAGCACUUUCCCGAGGCAGGGAUCCAUUAUGCAGCCAGCACCACUGGGGAUGGGAAACCCCUGGACAUACAGCUCAGCAGCAACUGCAGUUUGGAGAAGUUUUACGAUGACCCGAAAAGUAAUGAUGGCAACAGCUACCGCCUGCAGUCCUGGUUGUACGCCAGUCGCCUCCUGCAGUACGCGGACGCCUUGGAGCACAUGCUGAGCACAGGGCAAGGCGUGGUGCUGGAGCGCUCCAUCUACAGUGACUUUGUCUUUGUGGAGGCGAUGUACGGACAGGGCUUCAUCCGGAAGGAGUGUGUGGGCCACUACAGCGCGGUGAAGGAGACCACCAUUCGCGAGUGCCUGCCGCCUCACGUGGCCAUCUACGUCGACGUGCCCGUCCCCGAGAUCCAGAGCCGGAUCCAGAAGAAGGGAAACCCACAUGAGAUGAAGAUCACCUCUGCCUACCUUCAGGGCAUUGAGAAUGCCUAUAAGAGGACCUUCCUUCCCGAGAUGAGUGAAAAAUGUGAGGUUUUACAGUACAGUGCAAGGGAAGCUCAAGAUGCAGAAAAGGUGAUCGAGGAUAUUGAGUAUCUGAAGUACGAGAAAGGCCCGUGGCUGGACCAGGACGACCGCACUCUCCACGGUCUGAGGAUGCGGGUUCAGAACAAGUUGGAGGUGCUGAAUUACACAACCAUCCCUGUCUAUCUCCCAGAGGUCACCAUCGGCUCUCACCAGAGUGACCGGGUCUUCCACGAGUUCAUGGAGCUGCCGGGCCGCAGGUACAGCCCUGGGUACAACAAGGACGUGGGGGACAAAUGGAUCUGGCUGAAGUGA